GCCGCACCAUCGCUCUCUGUCCGUCAAAAACAUGUCUCCCGUCGUCGAGCAGUACAAUCCGGAGUGGCCAAAGCAGUUUGAGAAGAUCAAGCCCGAGCUGGAGAGCUACCUGCGGGACGUCGAGUACCUCUCCAUCGAGCACGUGGGUAGUACAUCAGUGCCAGGACUGGCUGCGAAGCCCAUCAUCGACAUUGAUGUCAUUGUGACCCGCGAUAACCUCCAGUCUGCCAUUGACGCCUUCAUCACGAACGGCAAGUUCGACUACCUGGGCGAGCUCGGCGUCGUCGACCGCCAUGCCUUCAAGAUUCCAAAUGAAUCCGUACGCCACAACAUCUACGUCUGCGUCGACGGCGCCGUCCAAACGCGCAACCACCUCGGCCUGCGAGACACGCUCCGCACCAACACGGAGCUGCGAGACGAGUACGCCCUUGUGAAGCUCGAGCUCGCCGCCAACACGACAAACAUCAUCGACUACCUCGUCGCCAAAGGCAACGUGAUCCAAAAGAUCCUGCUCACCUCUGGUGCCUUCACCAAAGACGAGCUCGCCGCCAUUGCCCGCGCAAACCUCAAGGGCGAGCGCUUCGGCGCCAUCCACACGCCGCGCCUACUCCUCCGUGAAUUCGUCCUGCAGGACGAAGCCGGCUACUUUGAGCUCGAAGGCAACGAGCGCAACGCCCGCUACCAGGAGUGGCCGCCACGCACCCGCCAGCAAGCCCGCCAGCUGGUCCUCGAAAACAUCCGCAACCACAACGACGUGCCGCGCACCAUCUACGAGCUCGCCGUCGAGGACCUCACGGGCAAAUUCAUCGGCCGCGUAGGCGCAAAGACUUCCCAGGCAAACUCGGAUAAGCUGCCCGGCGAACAAAGCAUCAAGCCUGUUACCCAUGCGGAUCUUUGGUUCUCUUUUUUGCCCUCCGUUCAGGGCCAGGGCUUUGCCACCGAGGCCAUGACGGCGUUUAUAAGUGCGAUCAAAGACCGGCUGCAGGACCACGGCAAGGUGGAAAUGGAAAUCGAGUGUGAUCCGCGCAACAAGGCGUGCUGGAAACUCGCUGAGCGGCUGGGCUUCGAAAGGCAUAGUUUGACCAAGGAAAAGGCAAUGGUUAAAGGCGAGUGGGUGGAUAGUUUGGUCAUGCGAAGGGUUAUUGGGGAUACGUGAGUUUUUUUCUAAAAUUUCCCUUGUGGUUUUGAUGAAAUUUCUCGUGCUUUCUUUUUGGUUUGGAUGUCAUUCAGUGUGUGGGCGUUUUGGCUAAUACAAAGCAGCGAGCUCGCUCGGAAACAUGUGCGCAGGUCGAGCAGAGUGAGUACGUCCAUGAGACUGGAUUUGGGUGAGCUGUAUGAAACCUGUCAUUGAUUGAAUGGCACUACAGAGUAAUUCUGGUUUUGCACCUUGUACCUUGAUUCAUGAUCCUGCUAAUAUACGUAUUUUCUAGCACCUUAUGUGCGGAUGAGAAGUGCCUUAUUCGGCUUUUUUAUGAUUCGCCAUUUACAUACAACUCGGCAUGCAUCACAAUCGAAAGUGAAAACUGGUAUUCAGUCAUUUACUUGUUUUUACGCUAACGUCCUAUCUAUCUCUCAUACACACACACACACACACACACACAUCCAUAUGC